AUGAAAAUAAAACAUGUAAAACUAGAAGUCUUUGUCUUUCACAGAGAAUUGUCUGAGCUGAAGCUGGUUCUUCUGGGGAACAACCGGAGUCUGAAGGCCUCAGUGGGAGACCUCGUUUUGGGAACAAAUGAAUUCACUGAAGAUCAGAAAUGUGUGAAAAUCACUGUAACAAUUCAGGACAAACCACUGACUGUGAUCUGUGCUCCAGACCUGCAGCUCAACAACUCAUCCCAGCAAGAACUACAGCAGUUUAUACAAGACAUUAAAGAUGUGAAAUCCCCAGAUCCACCUGUGUUCCUGCUGCUGUUAAAGCCUGAAGACUUCACUGAGCAACACAAAAUCAGACUAGAGUCAGUCCUGCAGAGCUUCAGUGAGGAGGCCUUUCACCAGUCACUGGUGCUGAUGUUCAGAUCAGAAAAGACAAAAGUCUCAACAGAGAAAUACAUGAGAGAGUCACAUAUAAGAGAAAUGAUCAUGAGGUGCAGGUACAGAUAUCUGUGUAUGGAUCACAAUGAUCUAUAUAAAAGUGAUCUGAGGGAAUUUAGACGUAAAGAGUUGUUUACAAAAAUCUGUGACAUGCUGAAAGAGAAAAAGGCAGUGCAUGACUCUGAGGAUGAAGACACAGGUCUGAAUAAACCCUCUCUGAACCUGGUUCUUUUUGGGAGGAGUGGCUCAGGAAAGACCUCAGUAGCCAAGUCUAUUUUAGGGCGAGCAGAUCUCCCUGCAGCGAGACCAGGACAGUGUGUGAUACAUGAUGGAGAGGUCUGUGGGCGGAGAGUGUCUCUGGUGGAGCUGCCAGCUCUGUCUGGGAAACCUCUGGAGACAGUGAGGCAGCUGUUUCUCCGCUGUCUCUCCCUCUGUGGUCCUGAGGGUGUUCACGCCUUCAUCCUGGUGAUACCAGGUCCCCUCACUGAUGAAGACAAAAACGAGUUAAAAAUAUUACAGAAAACACUGAGCUCUAAGGUCAAAGACUUCCUGAUCUCCUUGGAGACAGACACUGAUGAUGGAAACAUCUCCAGAAAAAGUGGUGUGAACCUGGAUGAGCUGAGUCAGAUCUGUGGAGGAGGAGUCCUGUGUCUGAACAUCAGGGACCCGCAGGUCACAGAGUUGAUGUACACUGUGAACAAACUGGCACAAGGCGGCGCUAGAGCUUACACCAAAGACACGUUUUUAGAAGCUCUGACAGAGGAGGUACCAAUGUCUCCAGAGAUUAAUUUGAGUUCGAUGCCUCUGAGUAUCGUCCUGAUUGGAAAAAGUAGCAGUGGGAAAAAUGCUACUGCUAACACCAUUCUGGGGGAGAAAUAUUUCAAGCCCAAAGCUGCUCAGGCAAAACAAGCUGUGAGAAGUUUCAAUGAAGAAGAACUCUCCAACUGCGUCUCUGAGUUGUCUCCAGGUCCUCACGUCUUCUUACUGCUGCUGCCGAUCAAGAACAUCAACGAACAAGACCAAGACUCUCUGAAGCUGAUCAAAAAAAGACUCGGAGAAAAUGUGGUCAAUUAUGUUAUUGUCGUUUUCACAGAAGGAGAAGUACUGACUGACAAUUAUACCAUUGAGAACUACAUAGAAGAAUGUGAUGUCUUUGUUAAGGAAAUGUUAAACCAAUGUCAGGGCAGUGCGGGCGAGCUCCUCCCACGUCACAUGGAGCGUUUGGACCAAUCAGAGCGAGAGCUGCUAGAGCAAAACAACUUUCUUGUUCUUCUUCUUUUGGACAACAGACACCAUGUUCUCACAGAUCCACUCCCUCUGCAGAGAACUGGGCUUAGCUCACAUCUACUGGCAGCAGACAGAAUCAUCAUAGACAAAUCACAGAACAACUAG